AUGGGUGACAGGUCACACCUCCGACUUGUGAAGACCCCGCUACAUGGUUUUGCCGGAGAUAAAGUAAUCUCUGAGGGAGCCAUCUCCCUCCCCAUGACAACAGGGGAAGGGCAGCAUCAGGUCACGCUUCUGGUAGAUCUCAUCGUAAAUGUACCAUCGGUACAUAAUGUGAUACUGGGUCGACCUUCCCUUAACGCGAUGAGGGUAAUCGUGUCCACCUACCAUUUCAUGAUGAAGUUCCCCAUAGAGGGAGUUGGAUACCUCCGAGGUGAUCAGUGCGAGGCUCAGAGGUGUUAUUCUAUGGCAGUAAGGAAGGGUUCAGUGAAGCAGGCCCUCACUGUGAACAUCCUCGACCCCAGAGCUCCUACAAAAGAUGACUUCACGGAGGACUUGCAGCAUAAGGACAUCUUCUCAUGGUUGCACGAAGACAUGUCGGGCAUCUCCCCCGAUGUUAUGGUCCACAGGCUGAACGUGGACUUGGACCACAGGCCAGUAAAGCAGAAGAGGAGAGUGUUUAAUGCCGAGAGGUACUUGGCUAUAGCAAAUGAAGUGUCAAAGCUCCUCAACGUCAGAUUCAUCGAGGAAGUGCAUUAUCCAGACUAG